AUGUCAUAUAGUUUGGAUAAUAAUAAAACAACAACAACCGCAAGAACAAAUCGUUUAGAUGGUUUAACGAUAACAGGAACGACAGGAAUCACAACUGGAACAACAACAACAACAAAUACCAUACAAAUUGAUACAUUAAACAACAACAAUUUGGAUCACGAUCUAAUCAAUGGAAAUUCUGGUUUCCGCCAGAACCACAACAACAAUAAUGGUGAUGUCGAAGCACCACCCCUACCACAACCCGAGCCAGCAGCCAAAAUCCCCAAAAAACGUUCCCUCUUGAAUUUCCGAUCCCUUGAUUUUCACAUUAAGUCCUUAUACAGUGGUUUGCGCAAUGGUAGCUCCGGCCAGAACAAGGCCAAUUCCCAGUCGACAAAUUUAUUGGCACCCAGCAAAGGUAGUGGUAGCGGUGGAGGUGGCAGCAGUGGUGGUGAUAAUGCUGACGAUCUGAAUGGCAGCGGUAUUGGCUUGGUUAGCGGCAAUGUCGUCUGUGGCGGCGUCGGCGGCGGCUACAAUGCCAAUGGCAGCGAACUGAACCUAAGCGAUCAGUAUUAUCAUCAUCAUCACAUCCAUCAGCCGUAUAAUCGCAUGCCACCCUAUUUGAAAAUCGAAUCGGUAGACAAUGAAGAGUCGGAAAAUCUACUAAUCGAUUAUCCCCAGUCACCAUACUCGACACGUCGCAACAGUUCGAACGAUGACAACCGUUCCAGCAGCCAACUGAUACACCUCACCGGCGGUGGCGACGGCGGCCACGGUGGCUCGACACAAUAUCUGCAACAGCCAUCAUCCGCCUCACAUCAUCGCUACGAAAUGUCGCGUUCACAGGCAAGUUCUCCGUCACCGUACUUUUUGUCGCCUCAUGCAUUUGCCUCGUCGUCGCAAAAUGUCAGACGUUCGUCAACAUCGGACAUUAUGUCCGGCAGUAAACGCAGUGUUUGCUCAUCGGCAAGCACCAGUCGUCGUCCGAGCACCUCGGAUUUGUUGCGUAAAGCGCGUGAGCGUCGUGGUAGUGAGACUCGUAUGGGACGCAGUGUUUCGCAUGGCGGUCUUCCACGUGGUGGCGGUGGUGGUGGAGGGGCAUUUCGUGCCGGGCCCGGUGUUGGUGGUAGGCGAACGAGUAUGGCCUUCUAA